CUGAGGGGUACUUUUAUUAGAACUUGGAAUCUUGUAAGUAAAAAUUAGGGUUUACUCUCUAGUGGACCGAAAUGAAGAACACGAAGAAGAAGAAGAAAAUGAAUCCACCGCUUUAUCUUCCUCAUGAAGUGAUCAUCGAAAUUCUGCUGAGGUUACCUGUGAAGUCUCUUAUAUCUUUCAAGUGUGUUUGUAAGUUAUGGUUUUCUCUUAUCUCUGAUCCUCAUUUUGCAAAUUCACAUUUCCAACUUGCCUCUGCAACACAGACUCAGACUCGUAGAAUUGUGUACCUAGUAAAUCAUGAACCUCGAUCUAUAGAUUUUGAAGAUUCGCUUGACAUAGUUAAUAAUGCUUCUGUUUUACGGAACCUUACAUUUGUGCGUCAAGAGCAUUUUUCUGAUCUUGUAAUUAAAGGUUCAUGUAGAGGUUUUAUACUUUUGCAUUGUGGCUCUCACAUCGCUCUAUGGAAUCCAUCAACUGGAUUUCACAAACAAAUACCUUUGUGUUCUUAUAGUUUUGGUGCACAUCCAGAUGAUUUAUGUGGUCUUGGGUAUGACAAAUUAAGAGAUGAAUAUUUGGUGGUUUUAAUGUGUUGUUAUCCCAGAUUAGGUGAUGUUUCAUCACAUUUGGAGUUUUUCUCAUUGACGGAUAAUAAGUGGAAGGAAAUCGAGGGUACUCACUUUCCUUAUAGGAAUGGCUCUGAUAAGCCCAUAGUAGGGUUGUUCUAUAAUACGGCUAUUCAUUGGUCUGUUGUUCGUCAUGAUUUAUGGAUGCAAGUUAUUGUUGCAUUUGAUUUAAUUGAAAGGAGACUUUCAAACAUUCCUUUUCCAGAUGAUUUUGACCGUAUGUAUGUAUCCCAUGAUUGUGGUUUGUGGGUAUUUGGAGAAUUUCUAAGUCUAUGGGUUAUAGAUUAUCUUAAAAAUAACGGUACGGUUGAAAUAUGGGUGAUGAAUGAAUACACAGUGCAAUCGUCUUGGACUAAGACUCUUGUUCUUCCUAUUCAUUUCAUUCCUAGUGAAUUCUUUUUCCCUUUAUGCUCUACAAAAAGUGGUGAGAUUAUUGGAACUGAUGAUGCUUGUGGAUUGGUGAGGUAUGAUGACAAAGGACAGUGGCUAGAGUAUCUGUUUGAUAGUGACGAGCGAGGUGGAUACGAAAUGGCUGUGUAUACAGAGUCUCUACUUUCACUCCCUGAGCCAGGUGACGGCGAGCAAGCUUAAGAAGAUGAUGGCUAAAACAAGAAGAAUGAGGUUAUGCAAUAUUCUCCUUCACUAUUUUGAUAUUUAUAUUGUAUUAUGAACUCUUGGGUGAAUGCAUUUGUUGGGUACUAUGUCUUUGAAUGCAUUUGUAAUAUGAGUCAGUAUGCCGCAUGAGUUAAUAUGUCAUGAAAUGUUUAUUGGUCAAACAUUUAUAAUAUGUUUAUCUAAAAUGCUGAUUCACUGGUA